UUGGGUAAGGAGAGGAGAGGAGGAGAGAGGAGCUCCGUCGGCGGACCAGGGAGAGCGUGGAGAGGAAUCCCAGCAGCCCCCACCCCCCCUAGCCCCGGAGAGCGAGAGCCGGACCGGCUGGAUCCCCCUCCUCCCUCGCCCGCUCCCCCCCCUGCGGAGGAGGACCCGAGAGAGACCCACGUUGCCACGGGAGAGGCCUCGGUUCAGGGCUGCAGCAUGUUCACUUCAGUGAAGGCCUUCGAGGGGCAGCAGUACUCCACCCUGAAGAGGCAGUGCUUGCAGAGUGGCCUGCUCUUCGAGGACCCCCGCUUCCCCGCCACAGACGACUCGCUCUUUUACCAGGGUAACAGGAUUGGACGUGUCGUCUGGAAAAGGCCUCGGGAGCUGUGUGAGGACCCUCACCUGUUUGUAGAUGGCAUCAGUGCACACGAUCUGCAUCAGGGACAGCUGGGUAACUGCUGGUUUGUCGCAGCGUGUUCCAGCCUGGCCUCCCGAGAGUCUUUGUGGCAAAAGGUCAUUCCAGACUGGAAGGAGCAGGAGUGGGAUACAGAAAAACCAGACUCCUACGCUGGGAUUUUCCACUUUCGCUUCUGGCGCUUCGGGGAGUGGGUGGACGUGGUGAUUGAUGACCGGCUACCGACGGUGGACAACCAGCUGGUCUACUGCCACUCCAACGACAGCAACGAGUUCUGGAGCGCCCUGGUGGAGAAAGCCUAUGCCAAGGUUUACGGCUGCUACGAGGCUUUGGAUGGGGGGAACACGGCUGACGCACUGGUGGACUUCACGGGUGGUGUUUCUGAGCCCGUGGACCUGCUGGAGGGUCAGAUGGCCACAGACGAGGCGGCCCGUAACCAGCUGUUUGAACGAGUGCUCAAAGUCCACAACAGAGACGGCCUCAUCAGCUGCUCCAUCAGGGCGACCACGAUAGAAGACAUGGAGGCGCGGCUGGACUGUGGUUUGGUCAAAGGCCACGCCUACGCCGUGACAGAUGUACGGAAGGUACGGCUAGGUCACGGACUGCUGGCCUUCUUCAAGUCGGAGAAGCUGCACAUGAUCCGCAUGAGGAACCCUUGGGGGGAGAAGGAGUGGAGUGGCCCUUGGAGUGACAGUUCGGAGGAGUGGAACAAGGUGAGCAAGAGUGAGAGAGAAAAGCUGGGCGUCACCGUACAGGACGACGGCGAGUUCUGGAUGACAUUUGAUGACUUCUGCCAGUACUUCACUGACCUGAUCCUGUGCCGCCUCAUCAACACCUCCUACCUGAGCAUCCACAAGACCUGGGAGGAGGAGGUGAUGAGGGGCUCCUGGGUCCACCGGCAGGAUCCCCUACGCAACCGAUCCGGAGGCUGCAUCAAUCACAAAGCCACCUUCCUGCAGAACCCUCAGUAUGUGUUUGAUGUGAAGAAGGUGGAGGACGAGGUGCUGAUCUGCUUACAGCAAAAAGAGAAGAGAGCCACACCAAAAGAGGGCAAAUCAGAAAAUCUCGCAAUAGGCUUCGAUAUCCACAGGGUGGAGCUAAAUCGGAAGUACCGUAUGCACACAGCCCAGCAGAAAGUAGCAGGUUCCAUCUACAUCAACUCACGCUGCGUCUUCCUCAGGAAGGAGCUGAAGGAGGGCCGCUACGUCAUCAUUCCCACAACCUUUGACCCCGGGCAGCAGGGUGACUUCCUGCUCCGUGUCUUCACUGAUGUGCCUUCAGACUGCAAAGAGCUGACCCUGGACGAGCCUCCUCAGACAUGUUGGACGGGGAUGUGUGGCUACCCUCAGCUGGUCACUCAGGUCCAUGUACUGAACGCUGAGGGUCUGCAGGGACAGGACUCCAAUGGAGAGCUGCACUGCCUCAAUCCCAAAAAGAGAGCGAGAGCCCAGAGCAAAGCACGAGCUGUAGAUCCCUACGUCAUCAUCACCUGUGAAGGAGAGAGGGUUCGUUCACCAGUUCAUAAGGACACACGGUGCCCAAACUUUGACAUCAAAGGCCUGUUCUACCGCAAGAAGCCCAAGGAGGGCAUCCACAUCGAGAUCUACAACAAGAACAUGAUCGUGGACACCUUCCUGGGUCAGGUGAUCUUGUUCAGCGACCCCAACGAGCGCCAGGAGCAGCACACGCUUCACUUGCGCGACAAGGGCAGCCGCCAGGACAACGACCUCCCAGGCACGCUCACUGUGCGCCUCAUCACGUCCACCACGCUCACCAACAUCUGAAGCGGCAGUUUAUACGAUUGCAAUGAUCGAAGCUCAAGGUGGCGUACGAACCGUGCCCGCCGUUCACCUUCGCCGUUCAUCUUUUAACCAUCGCGGGAGCUCACUGUGUCUUUUUUUUCCUGCCGCUUGCGCUCUUUGUGUGUCUCUGUUUUCCUUUGCUUCCUUUAGAUUCACAGGGUUUUAUUUUUGAAGGCCUGCAUCUGUAUAUCUUGAUGGAAGCUGUACAGGGGGUUUGUACAGACUAUUUUUAAAUACAUUCCUGUCAAAAUUGUUCAUCAGUCACAAAUUUGUUCUUAAAGUAGCAGAAAUCUCCAUCAGAGCAACAGUUUAAGAAACUGAUGAAGUUUUACCAGAUUUUUUUGCUGUUCUGACCCUUAAUUACAGACUUGUUUUUAUUUCAUCUUAUACUCACACGCACACACACACACUUAUACAUGAAUAUAAUACAUAUGCAGACAUCUCUGCACUCUCCAUGCAUGUGCCACUGUUUCCAAGGGCUAUGCAUUGCCUUAAGGCUGAGUUUGUCUCUCCUCUUUGAGGAGACGAGGGGAGGUGGGUUAUGUUGAAUACUAUUUAUCUUAGCACAGCCUUGGUUUAGUUUUUUCUUUGUCUCUAAAAGUUUGCAUUAAGCCCUGCUUUUUGCCAUCGUGUUAUCAGCUUCUGUCUCCCAAAUGCUCUUUUAUGACUGUGAUAAUCCUCCCGCCCAGCCAGCCAGCCCAACCACCCAGACACCUCAAGUCUUCAGCAGUUUGCCGGUGCUUUGGAGAGCAUGCAGCAGUCUGUCACUUUUUACGUUGGACUUCAAAGCCAACAGCAGCUCUUCUCUCCCCUCGACUCAGUGCUUUUUCUGUGUUGUUCUGUGAGCGCACCCGCGUGUGUGAAGUCUUGCCUCCCGGUUUCCAUCACUAGCAUCAUUCGAGAAUGCUUUCCGUCGCCGGCUGCUAUGGACGAUCUCUAAACUGCAUGGCUUUUAAAAAGAAAACGAAUAAACCCCAAAACUCUCUGCCUGUGCUGCACAUCUCUCUAGUCGUAGCUUAGCAGCCGGUGCUUCCGAUAGUGCUACCCCCUUCCUCCUCCCCAUGCAAACAUCUUUCCAGUCCAGUGGAGUGCAAAGAUUCACCCUGACAUAAAUCAAGUGCUUUAUGGGACCAAAGAGGAGCCAGGCCCCCUUUUCAAACCGGCCUAGCCUGGCCCAGCCCGGCCCAAGCCUAGCGACAAACCGCCACCCCCUGUGCCACAUCAUCUCUUAACGGCAACACCACUGCCUGACGCUUCCUCUGACUUGAGUCUGUCGGCCCGGGCCAAAGACUCAUGCCACGUGAUCCCGAAAGACAGCAGCUCUGCAAGCGUGAGUGUGUGAGACUAUGUGUGUGUGCGUGUUUGAGUGAAUGUCAUGUUAUACCUGAAAGAAAAAGAUCACAAAGGAAAGGUGUGAACCGAAUAGUAAAAGGGACCUUUUUUGAAGGGAAAGAACACACCUUGCACUUUAUUUCUUUAGCUUUGAGGGGUAAAAAGAAAAACCCUCGGAGACUACGGAGAGAGAGGAGUGCUUUAGCAGAGGAGACGUCCUGCCAAACAACCUGUGCCAUCGCCUUGUUCCUGGCUUUGCCUCCACAGCAGGAAAACAACUCGGACGAACUGUUGAAUUCAGAUGGUUUUGAAUAUUGAACCAACACUGGUACAGUUUAAUCUUUUCUCUGAUGACAUUUCUCGCGUAGAUCAUGUGGCCAUCCGAUCCGACCUUUUACCAUCCAGUCGGCUUCUUGUGACAGAAAAUAACAGCCUGUGUUUUUUGUUUCUCUUCAAAAGUGCAAUCCAAGUUUUAUAAACUUUUGGUUAUUACGUUUUUCCCCUUAAAAUUUGAAAAAUGUAACUUAUGGUUAUUUUUAAGACAUUUCCUUUGAAUGUAAACCAUUAGUGGACUAAUCUCUCAGACAAAAUAUCAAGCCCCCCCCCCCCUUUUUUUUCAGUGCCCUUUUCCAUGACUUGAACUGUCACUCAUGGCAUUUAAGUGGUCACACAUGUUCGUGUACAGCAUCUUUAUAAAUGUGUCUUGCAUGGGUUAUUUUUCCAAGAUAUCCACAGCCUUGUAUUGUACUGUUCAAUUGUUACUCUAUAUAUUUAUUCUUUCUAUCUCAGAAGUCUUGGAAAUGCUAGUUUUGAGCAGUGAGCAUGUCUACACUAAAAUGCACCUCAUGUCAGUCUGAUCAUAUCAGUCUGUUUGAAGCAGUUGUGUCUUGUACUACAGUGAUGCAUUCAUAAUGCCUCUAGCAUCUGUGACCAUUAGCAGCAGUUGUCAACGACUAUUUAGGUGCUAUUUAUCUUCUUUGUGGUCUUUUUGUUGGUUUCACUCAGAAAGAAAGUGAACAUCACGUAACACGAGAAUGAAUCUGAAGCGUGUUAACAGUGCAAACAGCCGGUGUUGGAGACUGUUGUGCAGAGCAGUGUGAGAUUAGACAGACUGCCGGUUUUUAUUUGCAGACUAUUUCCUCUUUUUUCUGCCAACCAGUUCCAUACACUUCUCUGAAAACAGGCAAGCUCUGCAACAUAAAAUUGAUCCUGAAGUUGGAACCUGUGACUAUGGGAAGAACAGAGGUUACUCCAGCUUUCACCACUUUAUGUUUUGCUCCUGAACGUGUUUAAAUAAAGGCUGGCCCUCCGGUGGUAUCGAUGCAGAGUUCCCUCCUAACCAACACCUACUGUGAAAAAGAGGUGUUUGGGUAAACAAAGAAGGCUUUCCCCCUCCCUCACACAGAGAGUGGCCUACUGCAAGGCACUGAAGUCCCAGCUGUGGUUAAUUUAGUUUGGUUAAAAUGAGUUUCUCUUUGUCCAAAACAGUGUAAAGAUCUUUUUUGUCUAUGUGCUAAAAAAAAAUUCAGACAGCUCAGAUAAAUGAAUUUAUUGCGGAAGAUUAUCAGUGCCAAAUGUGUGCACAGGUGUUGUGAUACAGAGCUUUUAUUUUUCCUGAAAAAGAAGUAUCUUUUGAUCUUUUGGGUAUUUUCUGAAUCCUUAAAGUAUUUUCUAACCACCAGAUAUUGUUUUUCCCGCACAAUAAAAAUUUUCAACCUUUAAGUUGCAGAUGUAAAUUAGAAAAAAAACAUUAAGGCAAAAACUGCAUUUCAUAUAUCGGCCACUUGGGGCUCCAAUACAAGUCAUUGUGCUCUGUUAAAAAUGCCCAUGUUUACAGAGUUAAAAAAGAAAGUGUGUAUAGUCCAGAACACGAUUUCUGUCUUCGUAUCGAAUGAAUGCGAGGUGAAUGUUCAUACUCAUCUGUUUGGAUUUGGUAAUGCUUAAAAUUUAGGGAUGUGGUCGCUUUGUUUGCAGACAACAGCUGUAGUCAGCAGCUGUCUGACUUCACCGCCACCAAACUAAAUCACUCGACCUUGUUUUUGCUCUUGGUGCCUUUUGAUGCAUUUUAAUGGAUUAUCCAAAAACUCCUCUCCAUCGUCUUUUCUAAAUUCUGGCUCCAAUAAAAUACCAUAGUCGUGGCCAAAACUCUGAUGUGAAGGCUUCAAAAAUGCUGAAUCUACAAACUAAACCGUGUCCAUUUCCAUCUUUAUAUACAGACUAUGUAAAUGACCUGCAUCCUUCUUAAAUAAAUGCAAAAUUAACCAGACUUCAUAAGAAACUAUGCUGAUGCUGAGUAACAAAAUUGGCAAGGCUUCACGAAUAGAAAAUAUCUUGAAAGUAAUUUUUUAUUGUUCUUUUACUGUGCAGGAGACUAAAAAUCUUUUGUUGAAAUGGUUCAAGAUGUGAGGAUUCUGGAAAUGCUUUUGCAACCUUAAAUGUCAGUGUUCUGGGUCUUAAAGUUAUUGCCUGGGAUUUAUUUUUCAGAAAACACAGCCUCUGCUCUGUGAGUGAAAUAUAGUUGUCAGAUAUGAAAGAUAUAAGCUGGAAUCAGACAAAUACCCUCUCCUGGUAAACAUGCUGCUGUGACGGGCUGUAGUUUUGGUGUUUUAACCAAUGAGGUUGCUUACAGACAAAUCACAUGGGACUCAAUUAGCCCAUAUGGUCCCCCUCCCCCUCUCCAAUCAUCAGUCUGUUUACUGCAGGUUGACACGAAAUGCAUUGCUUGUUGCCCAGCAGUGUUCCUUAUCUGUGAUUCCUGUGGAUGAAACCAGUAUUUCUUUGGCAUUACUUGCACAAAUGUGUAUGUUAAAUGGGAAAUGGAUGGCUGUGGAUGUGUUUGGAAGACAAGAAAUGACCAAACCUUAAAAUGCCUGAGCUCCUCAGCGUGUCUAUAAAUUCCUGGCACUUUUCAGAGGAAGAUCGUUCCUACCACUUGAAUACAUAGGUGAGGGUAGAAACACAAAUUGAUAAGUAAAUAAAUACCUUCAGGUCUGUCUUUACUGCGACAGACUGCUCUGCUUUUCUCCAACUCGUGAAGAAGACCACAAGAUACUUAAACUCCACCACUUCCUGGAGUAGUACUCCACCCUUUUCCAUCAUGGCCUGAGACUCGGGGAUGCUGCGAUGGACCUGCCAUCUGUCCAGGGUGUGCCUCACUUCUCACCUAGUGCGAGCUGGGAUUCGGAUAAUCAGUUAGGAAAAUGGAUGGAUAGAUAUGGCCCUUAUUUUUUUUGUUGUUGAGUAUAACAGCAGAUAAGUGAAGGGAGAUUAUUUUUCAUCAACUCUGACAGGGACUGAACAGGACAUUAUUUGUAUUCAGAAGUACAAGCUUCCCAUCAGCCAACCUGGAUUUUAUUUCCCUCUGAGUGUCCCUUCGGCUGAUGCCAGUUCUGUACUGUGAGGUUUCCAAUCAGUGGUUCGCGGCUCCGGCUGUUUCUUUAUUCAUACAGAAGUGACGCAGAAAUAUAACGGCUAACACCGAAGUUGACAGCUGCGACACAUGUGAGUAUUUAGGCACUAGAGUCAGCAAUCAUAAGAGUACGGAGUCCGAGCCCCAACUCAUGUGCCAAAAAAAAAAAAAAGGUGUUUUAUUUUGAAGAGAUGCAUUGUGGGUGAUGGAGUGUUUGAGUUGGACAAAUGCUUUUGUUCCUCACUACAUGCCCAGUUUUGUUUCUGCCUUUUGUCACCGUGUCGAUCAUUGUAAUUGUUGCACAUUGUAAUCCUUUUGCCAAAAGUGUUUAAUGGCUUUCACUGUUAACCACCACACAGACACGCGCACACACAAACACAAGCACACACUAACACACACUUACACAGACCAGGCUUUGUUGGAGUGUCUGGACCUUUUUUUGAUAGUUGCUGUAAAGCGUAUCAGUCUUCUGUGUAGAUUUUCUGCAUGGCCAUGCCAAAGCAGGUUUGAAGAAACUGUUUGAAUGAAGCCGAAUUAGUCACAGCGGCGGCGACUUUUGUACGAAUCCAAAAAUGCCAGUGCAUGUAGCAAAAACACUUGAGAUCUGCUCGCGCCAACACGAAUCACAGAGUGUUCAUUUUCAGUUCUCAGAGUGCCGUAAAAACUCACUUGCUACUUUGAUAAACAUACUGUGUGAAGUAAAAGGCUUGUGUUGCACACUUGCAUGCAUGGAAACAGUAACCAGUUUUCUAAUAUUUUGUAUUUAGUAUCCAGCAGUAUACAGUAUGUAUAUAAAAGUAGCAGGAACUUGACUUAUUAGUUUUUAUCAUGAGAUCCAUCUUUCUGGUGGACGCUUAUAUCCUAGACACUCAUUUCAAGUGAAUGCACUUUGUGUUCACAACCUCUAGUGAUCAGCUAGAAUGUGUAAAGGAAUCAGAUUGUUUCCCUUAUUCCUUCUCCCAUAAUGCCUUGUGUGAGUUACAGUUAGAUCCAUAAGUAUUCGGAUCUUGUUUCUUUACUCCUGUACACCACCAAAGUGGAUUUAAAAUCAAGCAAACAAGAUGUGAUUGAAGUGCACACUUUAAGCUUUAAUUCAAGAGUUUUAACAACAGAAUUGCAUUAUUUCAGAAACUUUUCUUACUCUUGGGGUUUGCUUUGGGCCGUUAUCCAUUCGCGCAGAGACUAUAACCCUCUAUACUUCAUAAUCAUCCUGCUACUUCUAUCAGCAGUCCCAUCAUCAAUAAAACUACAGGGCCUCGAUUCUUCUGGAAGUCAGACAUGCCCACUGCACAGUAGUUUCACCAACAUGUUUAGGAUUAAAAAAAAUAUGGACGUAGCUUCUGUGAUGUCACCUACUGGUUUCUGAAGUCAUGUUUUGAUUGGUUAAAAAAAAAGUAGUGACAAAAAAAUUUGUGGGUCUGAUUGAAUCCUAAGUUUGGAGGUUCUUAGGAUGUUUUAUCUGCUUGAUUUGUCAUGAAAAACCACAGAACAGCUCAUCAAUCAACUGUUCUAUUACUUUUGAGCCUCUGAAAUGAGGAACUAUGUAUAAAAAUGUCCUGAACAGUUAAUACAGCCCUUUUAGUAAAGCCCUUUAAUUACACUCUAAGUCUGUACUUCAGUCACAUCUUGAUUAUUUGAUGUAGAAAUUCACUGAGGUGGUGUAGAGAAACAAAAUUACAAAAUCUGUGUCAUUGUCCAAGUGCCAGUCACCUGCCUCUAAUAGGGGCAUAAGAAACUUAUGACAUAGAUUGAUUGGGGACUUCAAGCUUGCAGGUGUUUCGUGAAAUUGAAAGGACUACACAAUGAUCAAGCACACCUUUCAUACAUGCAGAAGAAAGGGAACAAUCCAGAGAUAAAGAAGGUUUAGGAGAGCAUAGAUGCAAGGCGGAGAGAGGGAAAAUGAAGAUGCGUGAGAGGUCAGGACUGCUGAUGGUUCAGCACAAAAGAGCCUGAGUGAGCCUCAUCUCUUAGGUCAUCCUUCUCUUCUUCUCUGGUAUGAAUAAGCAGUUACGGCUCCCAAAUCUUUAAGAAGAGCGAAGACACCUGCAGUCAUGAUGCACACAAGGUUCAAUGGAAGUAGGAAUCAAGUGAAAACAUGUUGGAUUUAGAGCGCUUAUCAUUUCUAGACAGCCUCGUCAACUUGCUGCAUGAGUCUAAAUUGGAGUCAAGGAGCGGCUGCACCAGAUAUCACGUUCAUCCUAACGACAGCAUCAUGUAGGCCAUACCGAAUUUGACACUCUGACAUUUUUAAUCUGAGCUCAAAGUCUUGUCCACUCAAGGAAUGAGCUUGUGAUUCUUCUUGUAUUUUUCUGCUGUUUAUUAACUGGAGACUGGAAUACCUACUGCAUGGUGACUCUUCUAGAAGAUGCUAUGGUCUUUAUAACAAGUAUCUUUUAUCAGUAUUUUAUAACCUUGUUAAUUUUAUAUAUCCACUCCCAACUGCUGUGUUUACUGAUAGCUAGGUAUCAGAGAGCCGUGCUGUAUGUUCUGUACUGUGUGCUUGUCUGUGUCUUCUUUUUCAGCGUGAGCUUUACUUUUUGUUCUGUUUUUUUUAACGCUUGUUCGUUUUAAUUUGGUUCUCGGUUACACUGUGGUUAUUUUAUAGCUAAGAUCUGAAAUUAUUAUUUUUUCUUUUGUAUUUAAUGUCAACUUGUGGCAUGACUUUGAAAUAAA